UCCAUUACAACACACAGGGGUGUGGCGCACAACACACCGCAUAAUAAAAACCCGUGUACAGUUCCUGGCUGUGUUAGUGUGAUAUUACACAACAUCUGGUCUCAACAUGUCUGCCGAUGAGUGGAAGAAGAAGUGUGAGGCUGAGUGGAGCCUGCAGGGAGCUCCGCUGCCCGACAGCCUGGACUGGAAGUCCGUCUACGAGGCGAAGCCGCUGGGGAGAAACUUACUGAAGAACCCUGCUCCUCUCGGUUUGAGUAAAGACGCUCCUCCACCUGAGCCUGAGCUGCAUGAUGUGCCAAUGCAUGGACCUCCACGUUUUCAACUUGACGGUGACUUCACCGGCUGGACCACGUCUGUCGAGAUCCUCCCCUAUGAUACCAGUGGCAUCCCACAAGGUGCCAUGAUCUGUCAGUUGCCUCAACACAGCUGGUUCUCCAUGGAGCAGGUUGUGGACUUGAAGGCAGAGGGACUGUGGGAAGAGCUGCUGGAUACAUUUCAGCCUGAAAUAGUCAUCCAAGACUGCUAUGAGGAGAGUCAGGUGCAUAAGUUCAUCUACCAGCUGCAUGUGAAGCUACUGGGUGCAGACAAAAGCACAGUGAUCUCAGAGCACUCAGUCAACCCCACUGAAGACCUCAGCACUUACUCCCACACCUGGAAAGAGGUGUCGCAUGUGUUCUGCAACUAUGGACCUGGGGUGAGAUACGUCCACUUCCUGCACCGACUGAAGAAUAGUUUCAUGAACGACUUCUUCCCUACAAAGUUCACUGGCAGCUCAGUGAUUGUCAGACCAGUCACAACCAGCUCCUAGGCUGAGUCCUGCUGAAACACUGCAAAGCACUUACAGUUGCUAACACGCUCAAUCUAAUCAACCUGAUCAAACCAUAUUUGCUUUGAGAUUAUCAAUAUGGGUUUGGUUUGAAUGCACUUUUAAAUGAUCAAUCUUUGUCUUAACUUUUUAUGCUGAUUGUUUAGAUUGACUUAAUUGUUUUUUUAUUUUGCAUUUGCUUUUUUUAGCACUACACUUGUGUAUAAUAAAACAUUUCAUUUUGAUUUCA